AUGCCGGUGCCCAUUCAGCAGCAACCUGUCGCCGCGCCUCCUAGUUGCGCUGAGGUUAUACCGAGACGCCACCGCAAGCCGAGGGGUCCGGCGGGCCUCCUGGCGCCGGCCCCGUGUCUUGGCGCAGAACCCCUCCUACCAAAGGCUCUCAAGUCGCAAGCUCCGUGCCUCAGCCAGUGCGCCCUCGUACCCAACACUCUCGAGCCCCAGCUCCAGUGGCCAUACCCACGCCCUCUCCUACCCAACCCUCUCGAGUCCAAGCUCCAGCCGCCAAACACACGCCCCCUGUUACCCAGCGCUCUCGAGCCCCAGCUCCAGCCGCCGAACCCACGCCCCCACCUACCCAACGGUCUCGAUCCCCAUCUCCAGCGGCCAAACCCACGCGCCCUCUUCCUCAAAGUUCUCGAUCCGCGUCUCCAGUGGCCCAACCCACGCGCCCUUCUCCUAAAACCUCUCGAGCCCAAGCUCCAGUGGCCCAACCCACGCGUCCUCCUCCUAAAAGCACUCGAGCCCCAGCUCCAGCGGCUAAACCCACGCCCCCUCCUCCUCAAAGUACUCGAGCACCAGCUCCAGCGACCAAACCCACGCCCACUCCUACUCAAAGCACUCGAGCCCCAACUACCACGGCAAAAUCCACGACCCGUCGUCCUAAAAGAACUCGAGGCCCAGCUCCAGUGGGCCUGUCUACGCCACCUAGUUCUGCCACCACGAUCACGUCUACGCCUCUGAUGUGCUCGGUGUCUGAGACGGCCACGCUGGCCGUACAGUACCCGGACGACGGCCUGUGCGACAUCCUCAUGUACACACACGUUCACGCCGUAGACGACAUGGUUGAGGCGGUCGACGACAUGGUGAGCUUCGACAUGUUCACCUCGGUGUGCGUCUCACGAUAUUCGAAGACCACCUGUGGCCUUUCGUUCGA